CACCAAAGAGUUAGAGUGUAUUUAACUAACAACCAUAAAUUAAAAAUGUCCUUCUCAAAAAUAACUAUUCAUCACUUUCAUAUGACAAUUUUCUAACCCAAACAAGUCUCCUUUGAAAUCUCCGCCCUCGUAUCUCUUAUAUAACACAUCUCUCUUCAAACUCCCAAAAAUGUCCCUCUCCGUUAACUCUAACGGCCAUGUCAGUCGCCGCAGCUAAACCCGCCGUCUCUCGCCGUCACGUAUCUAACGGAAACAACACUAACAACGUCGCCAUUGACGACGAUCACAACCACCAACGCCGCAUCGUCGGAGAUAAAAACACUCGAAUGGAGAUCGCUGCUAAGAACAACGGCUACGCCAACGGUGUCAUCGGAGGAGGAGGAUGGAGGAGCAAGGCGUCGUUCAUGACGUGGACGACGCGUGACGUUGUCUACGUGGCGAGACACCAUUGGAUACCGUGCAUGUUCGCUGCCGGGCUUUUGUUCUUCAUGGGGGUCGAGUACACGCUCCAGAUGAUUCCCGCGAGAUCUGAGCCGUUCGAUCUUGGGUUCGUGGCCACGCGCUCUUUGAAUCGCGUCUUAGCAUCUUCCCCGGAUCUUAACACCGUUUUAGCCGCACUAAACACGGUGUUCGUAUUGAUGCAAACAACGUAUAUUGUAUGGACAUGGUUAGUGGAAGGACGAGCACGAGCAACCAUCUCGGCUUUAUUCAUGUUCACGUGUCGGGGCAUUCUCGGCUACUCUACUCAGCUUCCUCUCCCUCAGGAUUUUUUAGGAUCAGGAGUUGAUUUUCCAGUGGGAAACGUCUCUUUCUUCCUCUUCUUCUCGGGCCACGUUGCCGGCUCGAUGAUCGCAUCACUGGACAUGAGGAGAAUGCAGAGGUUUAAGCUGGCGAGGGUUUUUGACAUCCUCAAUGUAUUACAAUCGAUCAGGCUGCUCGGUACAAGAGGACACUACACCAUCGACCUUGCGGUUGGAGUUGGCGCUGGGAUUCUCUUUGACUCACUGGCCGGGAAGUACGAAGAGAUGAGCAGAAGACACCACCUAGGAACUGGUUUUAGUUUGAUAUCGAAAGACUCUCUAGUCAAUUAAAUUUGUUUUCUAUCAAAUGUUUUUAGUUCAACACAUUUAGUUAAGUUGAAUUUAGUCUAAUGACUUAUUUAUUUCUUCUUUAUAAAUGCCUAAAUGGUUCAUUGUAUACCGUUUGUUGAACCUAAUUAUCGAUCUAAUGUUACUUAAAGGGUUGUAGCCUUGUAGUUGUA